GCAGCUUGCUAACAGGAAUUUAUAUCAGUUACUGUUUGCAACAAUGAGGGGUGUGAGAUUGCCGAGGCAUAUGUUCCUAUGGAACUUAUCAGUUAUUUAUAUGUUUGCCUUUGCAUCCCUUUACGUUCAGAUUCCAGGUCUCUAUGGAAACGAGGGCAUCCUGCCGGCGCGCUGGCAGAUGCGCUACACGGGGAAGGCCCUGCUGGAGCAGCUGCAGGACUCCCCCACCCUGCUGUGGCUGGGCCCCCACUUGGGUCUGGACACCCAGCAGGGCAUGGAGCUCAUCUGCCUGCUGGGGGCGCUGCUGGCCCUGGGGGCCAUGGUCCUGGAGCCGCUGCGGGGCAGCCUGGUGUUCCUCUGCCUGUGGGUGCUAUACCGAUCCCUCGUUGAGGUUGGGCAAGUAUUUCUCUACUUCCAGUGGGACAGCCUCCUUCUGGAGACGGGCUUUCUGGCCAUCCUGAUCGCCCCUCUGGACCUGUUCCGUGGGAAGUCCUCCAUGAAGCUCCAUGAUGGCAUCACCUUCUGGCUGCCCCGCUGGCUGCUCUUCCGCCUCAUGUUCGCCUCGGGCGUGGUCAAGCUCACCAGCCGCUGCCCGACCUGGUGGGGCCUCACCGCGCUGACGUACCACUACGAGACCCAGUGCAUCCCCACCCCGCUGGCCUGGUACGCCCACCAGCUGCCUGUGUGGUUCCAGAAGCUCAGCGUGGUGGCCACCUUCGUCAUCGAGAUCGCCGUCCCCUUCCUCUUCUUCUCGCCUGUGAGGUGCCUGCGUCUGGGUGCCUUCUACAUGCAAGUUCUUCUCCAGGUGCUCAUCAUUCUGUCUGGGAACUACAACUUCUUUAACCUUCUCACCAUCACCCUCUGCUUCUCGCUUCUGGACGACGACCACGUGAGCUCCUGGUUCAUGCGUGGCAAGAAGGCGCAAUCCAACACCUGGCCUCAGGCCAUUCUCUCAUGGGCAGCGUUUCUGGUCGGGCUGGCUGUCUGGGGUCUUAUCAUCUACUGGACUAAGGUUUAUUUUGGACUGGAAAUCAACUGGGAGAAGAGCACUGUGUCCUCGCAGACUGCUUUUACCUACUAUCAGUUCAACCAAUUUCUGAAGACAGUGACUGUUCCCAGUAUUUGGAUUGGAGUGCUCUCUCUGACCUGGGAAAUCAUCACAGCAAUGUUCAGGUGUGUCAAUGUGAAAGGAGUGUUCCGGAAAAUGUGGGCCACCGUGCAGUGGGCCAUCUUCUCCGCCGCCGCGGUCAGCAUGUUCGCCAUCAGCGCGGUUCCCUACAGUUUCAUCGAGUACGAAUCCAACAGUAAUAUCUGGCCGGGUGUGAUAAAGAUGUACAGUGCCGUGGAGCGGUACCAGCUGGUCAACUCCUACGGCCUGUUCAGGAGGAUGACCGGGGUCGGAGGUCGCCCAGAGGUGGUGAUCGAGGGCAGCAUGGACAGGGUGACCUGGACGGAGAUCGAGUUCAUGUACAAGCCGGGGAACGUGAGCGGGCCCCUGCCCUUUGUGGCCCCCCACCAGCCCCGGCUGGACUGGCAGAUGUGGUUUGCCGCCCUGCGCCCCCAGGCCCAGAGCCCCUGGUUCACCAGCCUGGUGCACCGGCUACUACAGGGCAAGAGAGACGUGGUUGAGCUGAUCCAGGUGGAGGAGUCCCAGUACCCCUUCAGCCAGCAGCCCCCAGCCUUCAUCCGGGCCCGGCUCUACAAGUACUGGUUCACAGAGGCCCGCGCAGACAGGCCGCUAACCCAGCAAUGGUGGACGAGGCAGUACGUGGAGGACUUCUAUCCCACAGUUCACCUGGGCGAUCCUUCGCUGCACAGCCUGCUCAGCCAGUACGGAUUCAAGGAUAAGGGCGGGGCCCGGCGUGUCUCAGAGGCCCUGGUCCCCUGGACCCUGCAGCUGGUCAGGGGGCAAGUCCGGGGCCUCUCGGGGCCCCUGGUGCUCUGGUCCCUCUUCUGCACAGGGGCAGCCAUCUGUCUCCUGAGGGUGCUGUUCUCUAGGGCCUCCGAAUCCUCUGGGGGCAGCAGCAGGCUCAAAAACCUCCAUGCUGAGCAGAACAGCAAGGCAGCUCCACCCAACAUGGAGAAGAAGAAGGAGGAGGAGGAGGAGGAGGAGUCUGAGGCUACCCAUGGAGAGAAGGGGGACUUGGAGGCGGAGGAGGGAGAGGAGGAUGGGAAGUCUGAGACCAACCAUGGAGAAAAGGGGGACUCGAGAGAGGAGGAGGGCGAGAAGUCUGAGGCCACCAUGGGGGCGGAGGAUGACGAGGAAGAGGCCAAGCACAGAGAGAAGGGGGACUCAGAGGAGACACUGCAGGAUUCAGACACGAGCCCCAGGAGAAGGAAGUGUUAA